UUUACUCUGACGCCCGUUGCGAGUGUGGCGCCAACAUUUUCUUUAUAUUCAGGACGUGUUUUCACGAAUUCUUCAUUCCGUCACAAAACGUCCUAAGGUGAACAUCGGAGCAACCGGUUCAAAACCUAGUGACAUUGAAGUGAAAGUCAAGCCUUUUGCAUCAAUCAUCUGUGUAUGUGCUUAUUGAAAUUUAAAUAAAGCAUUUAUUUCUUUUUUUUACCAUAACAAAAUUAUUCAAACGAAAGUGAAAGACAUAAAACAUCUAUCGAUCGGCGAGUGAAUUUCCGCGAAACAUAAACAGUUUUGCGCGACGUUAUAAAUAAUACCAAAAACGUUACUCAAGAGCCACCGUUGUCGUCGCCGAGAUGGCGUUCAUGAUGCCAGUAGUGAAGAACGAUUGGGAUAUUUACAACUCCCAAAGAUCCCGGCGGGCUUCGGAGUCCGCGGACAAGGCUGCAAUUGGGGGUCGGAUGCGCAAAGUGUCAGAAUCGCGUUCAGAAGGGCCUACAUUUUCCCCACGGACAUCGUCCCAUGUUUUGAGUCCUCACCGGAGCGCGCCAGCUAUGCGAUCGGUAUCGUAUGGUCGCAUGCCGCCUUCACGAGUGUCGCUGCGAGCGCAAGAAAGCGCCAAGGGUACGGUUAGCCCUCCCAGCGCCCGGGAGGACAAGUUUCACAGCAGGGCGCGAGCGGCCUCCCCGGAGCGACCCUGGCACUGCACCGCCUGCAUGCCCUACCUGUGACGUGCCGCGCCCGAGACGCAACACCAUCUGUGAUAUCCCGUUAGAGCGCAGUUGAGUACGAGACAAAAUCCUUCUAGCGUUUGCGUGACAAUAUUUGUACAAACACGACACAAGCAUGAGAAUUAGAAAUUUUAAAUUUGAUUAGCACGUCACGCGCAGAAAAGGCUUUUCUCUAUGGGUAAAUUACAAAAAAACCUUUGUAUUUUUCCACCAAAGUUCGGUUCGCUUUUCCUAAAUUGCAUGUUUUAUAAAUGUUAAGGUUGUACGAGGUUGUAUGGUGACUGAUUUAAGACUGUGUUUAGUUUAAGGACACCCUAAGGCUACGUUUAUAUGAGCUUCAGUAGCUUUGGGAUAGCAGUUCACUAUUGGAUGGCAGUUCGCGUAUUCUGUGAUUUUGUUUUGUGUAAGAUAUUUAUUUUGUGAAGACAGUAGCCAGAAUUAAUUUCCUUCUUAAGGAUAGACAAAAUUUCCGUCUUAUAUUUGAAAUGUAUUGAUAUUUCGACUGGCCAGUUAGUCAAAUAAUAGUGAUAUAUACCUACCUAAAUUAAGCAUAGUUUGUAUUUAUAUGACUGGGGAGUUUCCCGAUUGUACCUAAGUAUUAUGUUACAUAUUUUUGCAUGAUUUCAUGUGAUGUUACUAUAACUGAAUACAUGGACCAGCUUUAAGAGGAAUGAAAGUCAGUGAAACUGAAUAUGAUUGUGGAUUGAUGAACAUGAUUUUUAAAUGUUAAUAAAAUAAGAAUUGUUAUUUGUCUGGUUUCGGAACAAUCAAAGUUCCUUUAUGUAAAGAACUGCCAUAUACCUUGAUGUAAUUAUUUCUGAAGCUAUUUUAUGUAAUCCGCAAAAACUAGUAUUAUCAAGAUGCAUGGAAUUUGUCUGAUCUGAUGUUUUAAUCAAAAUAUAUUGCUUAUCCAAUUA